UAAAUGCUCUUCUUGCAGACAUGUCAUAGAUUUCUUCUCAACUCUCUCUUUCUCGACAUUUCCCGAGUUAGAAAACAGUAAAUCACCAAAACAAAAGAUCUUCCUCUCUCACUCUUGGCCUUUCUUUCAAGCUUGAAGCUUUCUCUUUCUAUUUUUCCCGGGUGUUUUCCUUUUCUAUGCUUUUGUUAGUUUUUUGAGAGCCGUAGAUUCUCUUUUUAUUUAGUUAGUUGUUGCAAGUGGGGAUUUUAAUUACACUGUAUCUUCCAGAUACGAAUAUGCUUUUUAAUUAACGUCAACUGUCUGCCUGCCCUUUCUCUUUUUGGCGGUUGGUUUUUUAUUUAGUUUGGCUUGGCUGGUCACGUCUCUUCCUUUUUUUCUUUUUCUUUUUUAGCGUUGAAUUUGCAACUCAGAAACACGCUAUCGAACAUAAUAGAAAAAUUUACAGCUUAACACUUUUAUUCAGUAGAUUAUGGUUGAAGUUUCAAGUAUUUGAGAUUUGGGUGAUCCUAGAAAUUCAUAGAAAGGAGGAUGUAUGCGGUGGGCAGGCUAGGUAGCUAUAUCUCCCGCGGUGUGUUUACUUUUUCUGGUCCCUUUCAUCCUUUUGGCGGUGCAGUGGAUAUAAUUGUAGUAGAACAACCCGAUGGGAGCUUCAAAUCAUCGCCUUGGUAUGUUAAGUUCGGUAAAUUUCAAGGGGUUUUAAAGUCAAAGGAAAGGGCGGUAAGCAUCGCUGUUAAUGGCAUUGAAGCGAAUUUCCACAUGUUUCUUGAUCAUACAGGGGAAGCAUAUUUUCUCAGGGAGAUUGAUGUUGAAGAAAGUAAAUCUGAUGGUGUAUCAUUUCCUUUUUCUUCCGGGGAUGAGCCGUUGUCUGGUAAUAGAGAGCCAAUGAAGUCCGAGAGUUGCAGCUAUGAUAAUGAUAACUCAAACUCAGUGGCUCAGGUUGAUCUGGGUAAUGGGAAGCUUGUGGGUCGGACUAGUUCCCGGAGGUCACGGAUAUUUGGGCGUGUUUUUGGAGAAAGGUCUAAAAAGGAGGAUAGUUACCAGGACGGUGCUGGUGGUACUGGUGUAAUGAGAUCAGAGUCAUUGGAGCGUGCCGAGUUUGCUGCUGAGCUGCUGGAGGUGAAGUGGUCUACCAAUCUCACCUCUAUCAGAUCAAACAAUAAUGCUUUACGAUUUUCUUCUUCAAGUGACGCAUUGGCCGAUAAAGGUUUCAAAGAGGAGAUACAGAAUGAUGCAGAAAACCUGUCUCAGGCUUAUGUACAUGAUAAGGACAAGAGUAUUGAUUGCCAGACCGUACUGGACAAAACUGAUUACUGCAACGAGCAAAAUGUCAGCUGUUCUCAUACUGGCCUUGAGAACCUAGAAUGUUCUGUUGAGGAAGCUAAUGUACAAGUGUCUUGUGUAAGCACUGAGCAGCAAAUUGUUGAAACCUCCUUGUUAGGUGAAGGUUUUAUGGAAGAUAAAUGCAAACUAAUUGCCAAUGUAUUAGGAACUAUGGAUGACCGUAGUGUCAGGAAUUUUGAUCAUGCUGACAAUGAGACCGUUGCUGUCUCAGGGAUGAGUGUUCCUGAUCUGCAAAGUGAAUAUAAGUUUGAAUCGUGUAUUGACAAGCGGUUUGAUGAAGAAGUGGCUGAUAAUGAAAACAAUGUUGUUUUACCAGGCUGUUGGAUUUCCAAUAAGGAGAAUGUUUCAGAUGGUCCUCAAGCUUUUGUUUACUGCAAAACAUCAGAGAGCUCAGUAAUAACAUUGGAUUGUUCCAGUCAGCAAACUCAUCAAACACUAUGCCUUCCUGACAUAGAAAAUGGUAAAGCACAAGUUCAUGCUGAACCACUGCUUAGAGCGACUGAGCUAGUUCCAGAGGUUACAGUUCUCAAGAAAACUGAGGACAAGGAGUUAGAUUCUGAAGGGGUAUUAACCAUGUCAGUUGAAAUGGUCGGUGUUGAUCCUGUAAUUGGUUUGGAGGAAAUGAGGUCUCAUAGCAUUCACAUUACUUCCACCAUCAGUGAUUUAGGUGAUGAUGUUGAAAAUGCGAGAACUAUCAAGGAUGUUCUCCAUCCUUCUUUGGGGUCUGUUGAUGAUUCUCUGAACUUUUAUAGUGAUAGUGACCCAAAGAGAAGUGUUCCACCAUCAGCGACUUCAGAGGAUGAGCAAUUCCUUUUCAGUGACCUUGAUGAAUUCAAACUCCAUGAGCCAGAUUGUGUAAAUAAAGAUCUUCAUUCCUCAAUUUGUACUGAAACUGAAGAAGUAAAUGGUUUAUGUAAUGUGAAUAAUGAGCCAUGUUUCAAUCCUCACAAUUUUGUUCAGGAGAGUCCAUCAACUGAUCUGGAUUUUUCUGUUGAAAAGGCAGGGAUAGUCUCUAAUCCUAUUAGUAUUUCUAGAAAUCAUAAGGUAGCUGGUGAGAAGAAUGGGUGGCAGAUUGAAUCACUUCCUACUACGUGGCCUGUUGUGGCCAAGUUUGAUGUAAACAACAAUCUUCCUCUAAGCCAUUCUCUGGAUUCUAGUUGUGAAACCCUGAAGUGGAUAUCAAUCAAGGAAGAUGAUGAACGGCCAUUGGCACAUGGAAAGUCAAGUUGUGAGGAGAGUGAGACUUCAAGGAAGCUGGAAAAUACUCUUUACAAUCCUUGCAUUGGGGAUCCAUCAGAAGCCGUAGUCUCCUGUAGCAGAAGCUGGAGGCUUUGGCCUUUUUCUAUGAAAAGAUCAAUAUCUAGGAAAGAUGUGCUGCUGGCUCCAGCUGAUAACAGAGGUUUGGAUGCUAAGAAUGCUGUAGACGGUGCUGUUGCUAGUGAUGAUGAUAAAAAUGUGCUUAAACCCAAGCAGGUGAAGAAGAUGAUCAGGGCAAUCACUCCAACCUCUGAACAGCUGGCAUCGUUGAAUUUAAAGGAUGGGAUUAAUCAUAUAACCUUCACAUUUUCCACCUCUAUGCUAGGGAAGCAGCAGUCUGGAUGUGCUCACUCAAAAUCAUGUACGGAACAGGUUGAUGCGAGAAUCUAUUUGUGGAAAUGGAACACUCGUAUAGUAAUCUCAGAUGUUGAUGGGACAAUUACAAGAUCAGAUGUUCUAGGUCAGUUCAUGCCUAUGGUUGGGAUAGAUUGGUUACAAACAGGUGUUGCACAUUUAUUUUCAGCUAUUAAGGAAAAUGGGUAUGAGUUGCUUUUUCUGAGUGCACGGGCGAUAUCCCAGGCGUAUAUCACUAGACAAUUUUUAGUCAACCUCAAACAGGAUGGUAAGGGUUUACCAGAUGGUCCAAUUGUUAUUUCCCCAGAUGGCCUUUUUCCGUCCCUAUAUAGAGAAGUUAUCAGAAGAGCUCCUCAUGAAUUCAAGAUUGCGUGCUUAGAGGCUAUCAAAGCAUUGUUUCCUUUAGACUGCAAUCCAUUCUAUGCUGGCUUUGGGAACAGAGACACUGAUGAAAUGAGCUAUCUUAAGGUCGGAAUCCCAAAAGGGAAAAUCUUCACUAUUAAUCCGAAGGGUGAGGUUGUUACAAACCAUCAUGUUGCCACGAAAUCUUACAGUUCCCUUCAUGAUCUUGUUCAUCGCAUGUUUCCACCAAUGGCCUCUGAGCAGGAAGAAUUUAACUCAUGGAAUUUCUGGAAACUGCCGCCACCUCUGAUUAAUAUAUGAAGAAGUCAGCUAGAAUUAUGUUGCUUGAGCAAUCGGAUACUGAGAUAGACAAUGAUGUCUACCACGAUUUUGGAGUUGUCGAGGAUGUGCUUGGAAAUUGAGUUGCAGUUUAUAUAACUCCAUAGAGCAGUCAAUAUUAGACAUGUUCCGACACCUUCCCACUCUUAGCCUGCACUUUCCGGGAUCUAACUAGGUAUCGUCAUUAAAGCCUGUAUAUCUUUCAGAAUUGUCACAAGCUUGUGUGGGGAAAUUAUGGGUUAUAUGUGUGAUCCAUUGCUGUUGGCAAGAACUUCCUCCAUGGUCUUGAAAAAUAUAGGACUGGCCGACUCUCGUUGUCCAAAGUGAAUUAAUUUGCACAAAAGAAAAGGUUCAUUCAUCUCAGUUGUAUUUGGCGUCGCAGUUUUCUGAUAUAUAUUUCUGUAUAGUGAAUCCAUGCGAUUCGACAGAGUUAGAAAGUGUAAGAACACAUUCCUCAAAAACUCUCUAGGGAGAAAGGGUACUCUUAAAUCUUUGUUUUUUCUAAAAUAUAUAUAUAUUUUUAUUGUUGAUACAGAAUAUAUUUUCAUCAUUAGUUCAGAUAAGAUUAUCUGUAUCCAAUUUACAGAAUUUAGUGGAGUAUAUACAUCAGAAAACUGAUACAAGAUGAAUUUGUAUAAUUAAUUGAAAAUUCUUUUCAUUCUGUA